UACAACUGUCAUCGAUUUGACGUGACGCGUUGCGUGAAAUUGUCGAAAUAUUUCUUGUAGAAGAAAGAAAGAAUUAUAUCAUGUCACAAUUGGAAAGAGCAACAUAUAAUGAUGAUGCUGGAACAAAGGGAGAAUCUCUGGGAAAAUUAUAUUGAAUAAUUAUAUCGAAUAAUUAUAUCUAUAAUUACCUCCUACAAUGCAUAGCGGUUGGAAUAAGUUGAUUAAGAGCAAUGAUAGUUUCAGAUACGAGCCUAGAGCCAGUGUCGAGAAACGAUAUUGCACAGCCAGGCUCGGUUUCACGCAAAUGUCCUUUGACUACGACGAGGAAUACCUGAUCGCAGUGGACACCAAAGGAUACCUGCAUUGCGUCGAAUUGUCAGAUGAAAUUCCAUGUUACAAAGUAUUCGGGAAAGUCGGACGAUCCACAUUUCUGGCAUUCAAUCCUGUAUCCGAGGGAGAAAUAUUGAUAGGACUCGAUACAGGCGAUAUAAAGAUCUGGAAGCUUCACGCAGACGUCAACGAGUUCUGUCUGUUAUCUGGUCAUAGAUUAGCAGCGACACACGUUUCCUUUUACAGGAAUUAUUGCCUAACCGGCUCCAGGAACGAGGUGAUAAUAUGGGACCUGCGGUCUUACAGCAAAGCUCAUCAGUUAAAGGUUGAUGUAAAGAACGCUGUGAUCAAGAAAGCUGCCUUUUCCAACGCGGGUCACAUUGUUGUGCUGUAUCUCAAUGAUACCAUGCAAGCCUGGACACUUGAACAAUUGCACAGAGACAUCAAGAUCGACACAAGCACAUUCGGGGUGCGUUAUAUCAAGGAUUUUGUCUUCACCAGAGAUGCAAGAGCCAUGAUAAUGGCUGGCGCAGGAAGCAUAAGCGUUCUGAACACGUAUGAUUGGAGCUUGCUGAAGAAGCUACAGUUAUCUAAGAAUUUUGCCGAGGCCAGACAAUUAUCAGUUGUCCCGUAUCCAUUGGAUGGUGGAGCGAACAAAAUUGUCGCGUUUCUAUCUUCCAAAUGCACUCUUCAGUUUUGCGAUAUAAAUGAAUCAAAUUUUCUCCACACAUCUAUCUCCAUCGAUAGAGUUAAAAAAUUUGCCAUUUCGUCUGCCGGCAGAUAUGUAGCCUACAUAGACCAGGAAGGGUGUUUGAAUAUAACGUAUGCGGAUAAAAUAAUUUCGAGAAAAUUAUUUUCUCACCAACCGAGAAAACCAUCAGAGCCACGUAGACUCCAGGCGCACAAGAUAAGCGAUCAUUUGGAGUGCGUUAGACAGAGUAUGAAACGAGAGUUGGAUACGGAACGAUUAAUGUCUAUUUUAAAGGAAUUUGGGGAAUUCCCAAAUAAAUAUCGCACGCUCAUUUGGUCCACUAUUUUAAAACUACCGGCCAACAAGAGUGCAUACGUUGCCUUGGCAAGUAAGGUGACUCGUGGAAAAUUUACGUCAAGUACUUCGAAAGAUCAUCCCCUGGCGGACAAAGGCAGGGCGUCAUUGCUGGCCAUGACGAUGGAUUGCCUGUUGCAAUGGUAUCCAUUGCUAAUACAAAGUCCGUUUCUCCCCAACUUGAUUUUUCCAUUUCUAGUCGUAUUUCAGAAAGACCCCCUACUUGCCUUUGAGUUGAUUUUAAGCAUAUUACUAAAUUACUGUCAAAAAUGGUUUGAAUACCAUCCAUUGCCCCCACUGAACGUCCUUGGAAUUAUUGAAAAUAUUCUCUUGGAGGCAGACCCUGCGCUACUAAAUAUCUUCUGCGAACAUGGAAUAACGACUAGCGAAUAUGCGUGGCCGUUACUGCAGACUGCCAUGAGCGAAGUGUUAUCGGGAGAUGAAUGGUUAAUUCUGUGGGACCAUUUAAUAUCUCUUCAGAAACCCUCCCUCCUAUUGAUGUGUGUCGUUGCUUAUAAUAUUUAUUCGAGAGAAAAUAUAAUUUCCUUGAUAAAGUCACGUUCUGGAGAUAUCGAGACUUUUUAUAGCACACAAAGUCACAUUAGAGCCAAGGAUUUAUUGAAGAUUGCGAGAAGAUUAGAUCAAGAGAUACCGGAACGAGUACAUCCUAAUCGUUAUCUAAGGGAUAAACUGUUGCAAUUAAAUCAUAUUGGGCCUUAUCCUUCGUUUAUAAAGAAGGAAUAUCCAAAAUUCCUCGCUGAGAAUCUCAGCAUUGCGGAUUUGAGAAAAUUGAAAAUACAAGAACAACAUUUGCAAGAGUGUAAUCGUAAGAUUGUAGAACGUGCCGAUAGAAAGAGAUUAUGCACAGAGACUAAAGCUUUUGCGAGACAAAUUCAUGAAACAAGAUUAAAUGAGGUAAAAAAAUGCUUUCAAGAAUAUAUUAAUAAUUUAGAUUGGAAUUUUGAUAAAUUUACACCAGAUGCGAGAGUAGAAAACUCUUACUGUCAUUUGUAUAAAAAUAAUGACUUGGAAAAAAUACAAGAAUGUAAUAAAUGCAAGAUUAAGGAAGAUGGCAUCUCAAAUUCUGAAGACAGCAAAUCAAAGAAUCAUGAAAAAUUGCAGCAAGAUGUAAUAAAACUCGAAUAUGAAGUACAAAGUUUUCUAGAUUCACUGAGAUCAUGUAGAUCAGAAGUUAGAUAAUGGAAAAGUUAAUCUCGUCAAAUUUAGAUAAAAUAAAGUACUUUAACA